AUGGCAUCUUGGAUCCAACAGGCUAGUUCUGUUUCCUCUCCAUCGGCCAUGGCAAUGUCAUCUCAACGGUCUGGAUUGUCUGCCGGAUCCGGUGGACGAGGGGGUAGAAGACAUGGUGGCUACAGAGGAUCUCAUGGUGGUCAGCGCCCGAAUUUGUCUGAAGGCGGUCAUCACCAGGGCGGGUCAAACAAUGGGCAAGCCGACUCUUGGGGAACAAAGUGGUUGACCCCCGAAUUCCCUUGUAAUUUUUGCUGGGAAUGGGGCCACUGGGCACCUGACUGUCCCCGUGUCAAGAAUGGGCAAUCGUCGCUGGAGGAUCUGCGUCUGAAAAAUCCUGGAUGGAGACCUUCCAACCAAACCAGAAGAUUCAUUGGAUAUGUUAGUGGAUACGGGGGCUACCAACCAUGUAACAUCCUAGCAGAGAUUUCUUCCUUAACCUUUGCCCAACUUCUCAAGAACGCCUUCCCGUAG